AUGUCUACGAAACACAUUUACGAAGUCUCGAACGGCCUAGUGGAAAAGGCAGUUUAUGGUGCUGCUGCAUCCAAUCCUUCUUUGCGCGUGUUUUCCCCCCACCGUGUUGUGUACGAUGCGAGCCAUGCGCUCGACAAGGUAGGCAUUAUUGCCGGCGGCGGUGCCGGCCACGAGCCCACUUUUACCGGCUACGUUGGCCGUGGUAUGCUUACCACUGCCGUCUCUGGCGAUGUGUUUGCGUCGCCGUCUGCCGCCGCGAUCAGCUCUGGUGUGGAUCUUACGCCGACCGAAAAGGGAUUGGUCGUGAUUGUAAACAACUACACGGGCGAUCGCCUGCACUUUGGUCUCGCUGCGGAGAAGGCACGCACUGUAUUCAAACAGGAGAAGAAAGGCAAAGAGGUGGAGAUGGUUGUUGUUGGUGACGACGUCUCGGUCGGCCGUGAAAAAGGCGGUCUUGUGGGCCGCCGUGGACUUACUGGCGUUGCGUUCGUCUGCAAGGCCCUUGGUGCUGCUGCCGAGGCUGACUGGGAGACGAAGAAGCUUGGUGAGUUUGGCCGUGUGAUGGUGGACAACAUAGUCACAUGCGGCUCUUCGCUGGACCACUGCCACGUCCCUGGCCGUGAAAAAGGCGAUGAGGAACGCGGUGCGUUGGGCCCCAACGCCAUUGAGAUCGGCAUGGGUAUCCACAACGAGCCUGGUGUUCAGCACAUUGACGACAAGCCUUCGUCUGAGGAUCUCUUAAAGCACAUGCUUAAGCUUCUGCUCGAUCAGAACGACAAGGACCGUGCGUAUGUGAAGUUCGAAAAGAGCGACGACCCCGUACUUGUGAUCAACAACCUCGGUGGGAUGAGCGAGCUCGAGCUGUUUGCCAUUGCCGCGGAUGUGAAACGCCUGCUGCAGUCCGAGUGGGGUCUCAAGCCGGUGCGUGUGUAUGUGGGCACCUAUAUCACAUCCCUCAAUGCCCCCGGCUUCAACAUCACCCUGAUCAACCACAAGCGCAUUCAGAGCGCUACGGGCAGUGAUUUGCUUUCCCUGCUUGCGGCGCCUGCGGAUGCUGCUGGCUGGGUCGGCGUGCAGAAUGGCUGGAGCGACAAGGCGUCGCAGUCCUCGCUCGACGACGACUUGCAGGAGAGCAAGGAGCGCUUGGAAGCCAAGCACAAGUCUGGCUUUAGCGUCAGCGGCUCGGCGACGUCUGGCGCGCGCGCCGAGAAUGGCCCGACUUGCGACGCUGCACAGAUGGGCAAGGCACUCCAAAGCGCAUGCGAAGCUGUGAUUGAAAUGGAGCCGACGCUGACCAAGUACGACACGAUUGUGGGCGACGGUGAUGCUGGCGAGACGCUGCGUGGCUGUGGCGAGGCUGUGCUUGCGGCGCUCAAGGAGAACAAAAUUCCUUUACAGCGCCCCACUGCAGCGCUCUUGGGCCUUGACGAUGUGCUAGAGUCCAACAUGGGCGGCACGUCUGGUGCGCUCUAUGCGCUUUUUUUCACCGGCCUUGUCCAGGGGCUGCUGAGCAGCACAAAAGACAGCUCGGAGGCGGCGAGUGUAAAGCACUGGGGCGUCGCUGCCAUGUCGGCGCUGGAGAAUUUGGGCAACUACACGCCUGCCCGCCCCGGCGAUCGCACCUUGGUCGAUGCACUCGAUCCAUUUUGCCGUACGCUUGAUGAAGAAGGCAAGAAGGGCACUGCCGCCGUGCCUGCUGUUCAAGCGGCUGUCAAGGCCGCCAAGGACGGUGCGGAGCGUACGCGCGAUAUGACUGCGCGCCUCGGCCGUGCUACGUAUGUCGGCGAGACGAAGGAAAAAGUGCCGGAUCCCGGAGCAUGGGGUGUGUGGGCUCUUGUGGAAGGUCUUCUCAAAAGCCUCGAGUAG